AUGAGCCACGGCACGCACGACAGCCACCGCGCCGUGGUCGAUCUGGUAAAAGAGUACAAUGCUACCGGCCGCGGGGUGGUGGCCACAAUGCUGGACACCAAGGGUCCAGAGGUGCGCAGCGGUGACCUGGCGGAGCCCAUUGCGAUGGAGGCGGGACAGCGGUACACUUUCACUAUUGAGGAGGGCGCGACCGGCAAGGGGGGCCGCAUCAGCGUAAACUAUGACGACUUCAUACAGG